UUUUCUUCUCAUAACGGAGAGUUGCUUUUAUGUGUCGGCAUAUAUGUUUGAUGUUGGACAUGCAUCGGGUAUAUUAUUGAAGCCCACAUGAGAAGCCCAGUUUCUGAUCCAAUAAAAAGUCUUAGUGAACCAUGUAACUAAGGUUUAUAAGUCUAUAUAUAUGUCGUUAGUGUCCUCAUCAAUGUAACCUUGGUUGCCAUAGUUGCAGCCACUUUAAACUCCUUUUAUAAUAUCAAUCAUUAUACUUAGCUCUUGGUGACAACUCUCAAGCUUUCUCUUUUAGUUUCUUUGUCAUUCAAUAAAGCUCUAUCAGCUAUUAGUCUCCAAUAAGCUUCUUAGAGCACAAAUCUAUCUUUUAUCUUUCAAAUGUCUACAAAUAUAUACAUCAGCGUGACCGUGUGAUAUAUGUAUGUGUAUAGGUGCAAUACAUGAUAGAAAAAUGUUUGAUUUUCAACAUGAGCAAAGAGGAAUGCAUGAAAGCUCUUUCUGAGAAUGCAAAUAUCAAUCCCGUCAUCACCUCCACUGUGUGGAAGGAGCUGGUGAAAACGAACAAGGAAUUCUUCGAGACUUACGAGCGGAAGCAUACAAAAAAUGAGUCAAUGUCGGAGGAAGAUCAUCUCUGAUUCACAAGACGACUAAAUGUGAUACUUCUUCACACUAGUAAAAAUGCAUCGCUUAGCCACUAGGAUACCGUGGCUAUAGAACGAUAAUUCGUGGCUAUAAAGAAAAAAAACCACGCUUUUAAAUCAGAAAUUUACCGUGGCGUGGCUAAAAAACAAUUGUGGCUAAACGUGGCUAGUAACCACGGUUUUACCACGCUAUAUUUGUGGCUUACGUAGCCACGAUAAUAACAGCUAUUGGCGUGGCUAUACUAAAAAUUAAAAAAAAAUAAAAAAUAAACAGAAAUAAAAACAAACAAAUAAUUUUUAUUAAUUAAUACUAAAACAAAAAAUACACAUUAUUGUUAUAUAUAUAUAUACAUAAAUACGUAUAUACAUACAAAUACACUACCGCCGCACUACGCUUCACCGGAGGCGCCGCACUGUCACACCACCACUUCUCUUUUCCGUUUCAUCAUCUUCCCACACCACCACCUCUCCUUCCCUUCAUCGUCAGAUUCACCUUGUGCCUAUAAACGCAAAGGGAGUCAAGAACAAAUGAAACAUUAAGCAAGAACUCAGCUUUAUGGCAUCUAAGAACAUAAAGAGGGUCAAGAACAAAGAUGAAUACUUUAUGAAUCACAACUACCA